GUGAGCAGAAUUGUCAGAACGACAGAACUCUCCGUCCAACGGCCAAACAGCAAGAAAGCACCAGCAAUAAGAGACAGAAGAAAAAGAGACAAGGAGACAAGGAGAAGGGACAGCGUGCCAGGGGCAGGAACAUGUGUCUUGUGUGGCUAUUGGUGGCCACUGUUGUUGUGGGCGUGGCCAGAGGAGCUGUCAGUCAGUGCUGGGACCAUCCAAGGUGCCAGGAGCUGAACUCUGAGAGCAGCGUGAUGGAGUGCAUCCAGCUGUGUUGCUCCGACCUCACCGCCAAGAUCCCUGUCAUCCCCGGCAAUGCCCACCUCCAGCCUCCUCCUCCCUCAGAACCCUCCUCCUCCUCCUCCUCCUCCUCUCAGGCCAAACGCUCCUACUCCAUGGAGCACUUCCGCUGGGGGAAGCCCGUUGGUCGGAAACGCCGCCCGGUCAAAGUCUACACCUCCAAUGGCGUGGAGGAGGAGUCCACAGAGGUGUUUCCCGGGGAGAUGAGGAGGAGGGAGCUGGCCAGUGCGCUGUUGGCAGAAGUAGAGGAGGAGGAGGCGCAGGAGGUGAUGGAGAAGGAGCAGCAGCUCCUGGGCAGCAACCAGGAGAAGAAGGACAGUUCAUACAGGAUGAAGCAUUUUGGCUGGAGCGGCCCACCAGCCAGGAAACGCUACGGCGGCUUCAUGAAGAGCUGGGACGAGCGCAGUCAGAGGCCGCUGCUCACGCUCUUCAAAACCGUCAUCAACAAAGACGGACAGCAGCAGAAGUGACAGGAAGUGACAGAAGAGGACACACAUGACUGACAGGCGGCGAAGAGUUCUCAUUGGUCAGGGAGGCUCUUUAGAAGACAAAUAAUGGACCAAUGAAAAGCUCUGACGCUGAGCAACUGACAGCGGUAACGACAGAGCAACAAAAAUGUUUAGAUAUUUAUUGAUUUCUGUAAAUAACUGUAAAUAAAAACAAAAAAAUAGUUUAUGAGCAAA